GUUUAUAAAUAGAGUGUCCCCCGUGUGCGGUGUGCGUUCUAACCGGAAACCAAUAAAAUUCCAAUCGGAAGUGAAGAUCUAAACAUUCGUAUGCCAAAAAUGGCGUCGAAGGUAAAGGCCAUUUAUAGUUUUGAAGGGGUAAGCGAGAACAACGAGCUAACAAUUUCCGAAGGAGAGAUUCUGACUGUAACUAAUCCGAACAUCGGAGACGGUUGGUGGGAAGGGGUUAAUUCCCAUGGAGUCAAAGGCUUGUUCCCGACGGCGUAUGUUGAGCCAAUAACAAUAAGCAAUGCUCCAUCGGCUCCACCAGCUGCCGCUCUAACACGUCAGCCCAGCCAGUAUAGUUCUGGUAAUGAUAACGAGGCAGAUGAUUGGGAGGAUGAAUGGGAUGAUGAUUAUGACCAGCAAUCAAUAAAUUCAGGAGGUCAACCCAAUGCCAAUGGCGAGGUCCGGCGGAGAGUGUCCUCCGUCGGUCGGAGUGCCACAAUUAAAAAGAGUUUUAAUAGGUUUUCCAUAUUUGUAAAGUCUGGAGGAGAGUCAUUCUUACUUGGUGCAACUAAUUCUGAAAACAAAACAAUCUUGGCAAAUGAUGUUUCCUUAAUUAUUGAGACAAGCGAGGGUGUGGAAUGGGACGAGCUGCGAGAUCCUUUCACCUGCGUGGUUACCCAGCCGGAAAAGAAAAGCAAAUUUAAGGGAAUGAAGCACUUCAUUGCCUACAACGUUACACCAUCUUCCACGGGCGUUUCUGUCAGUCGCCGAUUCAAGCAUUUUGAUUGGCUGUACUGUAGAUUACUAGAAAAAUUCACCUGUUUGUCCAUUCCGCCGAUUCCUGACAAGCAAAUUACAGGAAAAUAUGCGGAAGAGUUCAUUCAGAAACGACGUGAACAGCUGGAGAGGUGGUUAAACCGGUUGUCUAGACAUCCUUUGGUUUCGAAAAGCGAAGUUUUCCAGCAUUUUUUAUGUUGUAAAGAAACUGAAAAGGAAUGGAAAGCUGGAAAAAGGAAAGCCGAAUGCGACAAACUUUGUGGAGCUGCUUUCUUCCUAACUGUGGAAAGUCCAACGACAGCCAUAUCCAUUGAUGAGGCCGACAUGAAGAUUGAGGAAUUCUCACAGUUUACAAAAACAAUGGAACAAUGUGUUCAUAGAUUUAAUGAAAGAUGUCAGUCGUACGGUGUCAAAUAUGACGGAGUGUUCAAAAAUUCUCAUAAAAAGUUCGGCUCAUCGUUCACUCAUCUCAGUUUAGCAUUUGAACAGCAUCAGUCUAAAUAUUCACAACCGUUAACACAAGCGAUCGCGCACACCGGCAGGACAUAUGACGAGAUUGGGGAAGCCUUUAGUGAGCAGCCCAGAGUGGAUCUUCUUCGCCUGAUGGAAGGGCUCCAAGAAUACGCCGGAAUUCUCACUACUUUUCCUGAGAUAAUUAACAUUCACAAGUCGACGGUGGAGAAGGUAAAAGACGUGGAAAGAAAAAAAGAUGACGAAAAAGUCGAAGAUGAUCUGGUCGAGCAAGUUACAAAUCGAGCAAAUGUUAUAACGAACGUCACGUUAUCUGAAAUUAAUCUAUUCCACAAGCAAAGGGUGGUUGAUUAUAAGCAAAUGAUGCAAAGUUUUCUUCGAGAACAAAUUAGUUUUUAUCAAGGGAUUGUAGACAAACUUCAAGACUCGUUACAAAUGUAUGACAAUGUAUAGUCUGAACAUCCAUCAAACUGCUGGGACAGCGAGCAUCGUGUUGUGAUCAUCGUCCUAGUUAUAUACCAAACUAGACUUAGAGCAUUAACGAAACUGGUUGAAACCAUGGGAAAUAGCGAAUUCAGAAGCUCUAUCCCUGCAGAACCAUAUAAAACGUGAAAAAUUGCUCGUUCCAACACUGCCACCAUGUUAUUUGGUCCUGUAAACGUAAUUCGCUGCUCGCUCCGAACUAAAUUUCCGGUAGAUUCGACUGGUUUGUUCAUAUGUAUGAUUGGGGAAAAAUUGGACCUACCUUGAAAAACUGUCAUUUUCGCGCAUGCAUUCUCUUCAACAGCCUUCACAAACUAAUUUAAAGUAAUUGGAUAUUCCAAUGUGCAUUGCACUGCUAGCCUGGCUGGUCCUAUUGGUUAGUCCUCGCGGGUCCUGCCCAGUUACCCGCAUACCCGAAUGCAUGCACUUGGAGAUCGUUUAUGAAAUCAGAUAAUCAGAACUCGUUGAUUCGGUAUUAAUAAAUUGACAGAAGUGUGUUCCGAGGAAAAAAACGUAUAGCAAAAAGAAAAAACAUUACUUUAGAUAUAGUUUCUAAUGGAUCUAUUUCACUGCACAAAAAUUGAAUGCUUUUAUAAGCCUUUAUAUAUAUUAUAUAUUAUUUAGAUUAGAGUAGGAAUUAAUUCAUAUUCUGUUAUUUCUGUACAUAUAUAGCUUUUAAAAAUAUUGUUUAGUAAGUUAAUUUUAGAUAACAAUUGAUUUUAUGUGUCUGUAGCUUACAUGUG